AUGCCUGUCACGAAAAUGUGGAAAAUCAAAACGAGCUCGCUCUCGACGGAGAAAGUUCGUAAAGGCGUCGUGGAGUUUUUGCUCAACAAGCAUCCCCUUGAUAUUAUGAUCUGCAAUCAGGCUGGUGAAGGCAACCUCGAACAGUCCAUGGCUUUCUGUUUGAAUCGGAGUCCUUUCACCGGCGUCAAGUACCCGAUGGCCAAACGACUUUUCGAGGAUAAGGGUUUCGGCCUUCCGGUGACAACCGUCAUGCGUCGCUGCAUUCAAAGAACACGCCGCGCUCGAUUCGCUUCGAAAAACGCAGCUAUUCCGACCCUCGGAUCCUAUGCACGUGGUAAAGACAUACAGAUCAGCACGUACAUCUAG